AAGACAAAAAAAUCUUUCAUUCUCCGCAUCAAGAUGACCAGAGCCGAACCAAAGAAACUCAAAGGGAAAACAUCGGCCUAUGCCUUUUUCAUUCAGACCCGCAGAGAGGAGCUAAAAGCAGCAAACCCCCAGGUUGCUGUUAAUUUUAUUGAGUUUUCUAAGAGUUGUUCAGAAAGGUGGAAAGCAAUGUCUCCAGAAGAUAAGACCAAAUUUAAUGAAAUGGCGAAAGAGGACAGAGAACGCUACAAUCGGGAAUUGAAGGAAUACAUGCGGGGGAAAAAAGGUAAUCUGAGGGACCCCAAUGCCCCCAAAAGACCACCAUCUGGAUUCUUUUUAUUUUGUUCCAAACUUCGCCCAGAAAUCAGAUCCACCAAUCCUGGUAUCUCUAUGGGGGCCAUGGCAAAAAUACUCGGAGAGAUGUGGUCAAAUUUAAAUGAUAGUGAGAAACAGCCCUACCAAAUCGAGGCUGCUCAGCUGAAGCAGAAAUACGACAAAGAUGUUGCAGCUCAUAAGGCAAAAAAAAAGCUAGAAAGUAGAAAGAGAUUUAGAAAGGUCGUGAGUAUAAUUGUGGAAGAAUAUGGGGAAGAUGAAGAUGAGGAAGAGGAAGAGGAAGAGGAAGAGGAAGAGGAAGAGGAGGAGGCUGAUGACGACAAUGACGAAGAUUAUAAUGCUAAAGAAUUUCAUCUUAUUUCUGGGGUACAGACUGUUUGCAACUAUGGCAUUUUAAGGCUCUGGGUGACCUUGCAAGAAAAUCCCUAUACAUUUGCUUAA